GCGGUGCCUGCCCUUUCGUGGGGUCGAACACUCGACAUCGCGAAGCUGAAGCAGUGCGAAUCCUUGGGCAUUGCCUGGCACGUCCGGUACGAUCGAGCUGCCGAGGAUUCGUGGGCCCGCCUGAUUCCCUUGCGGCCCGCGCUCGUUCUGAAGGGCCUCUUCGAUGUUGAGCCGGGUGUCUACCAGAUCAUGUAG